CGUACUGGCUGAAACCCGCCCCUUUUACAAUAACCCUCAAACCCUCCAACCUCCUGAUGACUCCACUGCUCUCUCUGCUGUUGUAACGUCUCAAUCUGACUCCACCGGACAGAUACCGGCUUCAUAUCUCGGUCACUCGGUCACUCGACGCUGAGGUUUGUCUCCUCCACAGAUCGGUCUGGUCUGUCUUCCGGGUGUCUCUCUGGUUUAGUCUCUGUGAGGACACUGAAGACACAUUUCUUCAUUCAUCCAUAACAACAAUGGCAGCUCAGGAUUUUAAUUUCUUGCUGGCGACGGAUUCUUACAAGAUCACACACUACAAACAGUAUCCUCCAAAUGUCAGCAAAAUCUACUCCUACUUUGAAUGCAGACGCAAGAAAGGCUCCCAGUUCAAUGAAGUGGUGUUCUUUGGUCUUCAGUAUCUGCUGAAGAAGUACCUCAUAGGCCCGGUGGUCACAGAGGAGAAGAUUCAGGAAGCCAAGCUCUUCUACCAGAUGCACUUCAAACAGGCCGUGUUCGACGAGGAGAGCUGGAGGAAAAUCCUUGAGAAACACGACGGCCGUCUUCCGAUCCGGAUCAAAGCUGUCCCAGAGGGAAGGAUUAUACCGAGAGGCAACGUGUUCUUCACCGUGGAAAACACAGAUCCCGAAUUCUUCUGGCUCACCAACUACAUCGAGACCAUGCUGGUCCAGAUGUGGUAUCCCAUCACAGUGGCCACCAUAUCCAGGGAGUUUAAGAAGAUCCUGGCCAAGCACCUGAAGGCCACCUCGGGGAGCCUGGAAGGUCUGGACCUGAAACUGCACGACUUUGGCUACAGAGGAGUCUCCUCACAGGAGUCUGCAGCGUUAGGCGGAGCAGCUCACCUGGUUAACUUCUGCAGUACAGACACAGUAGCUGGGCUGCUGAUGGCUCAGAGAUACUACAGCUGCCCGAUGGCUGGCUUCUCCAUCCCAGCAGCAGAGCACAGCACCAUCAUCUCCUGGGGGAGGAACAGGGAGAAGGAGGCGUUCGAGCGAGUCCUCGAGCAGUUCCCCUCGGGGCCGGUGUCAGUGGUCAGCGACAGCUACGACAUCUUCAACGCCUGUAAACACAUCUGGGGAGACAAGCUGAAGGAGCGAGUCAUGGAGCGCAGCGAGGACUCGUGUCUGGUCAUCCGGCCGGACUCCGGAGACCCCGCGGAAACUCUCAUCGAGGUCAUCAAGAUUCUGGACGAGUGUUUUGGCUGCUCUCUGAACUCUGUGGGAUACAAGGUUCUGCCUUCUUACCUGAGAAUCAUUCAAGGAGACGGCAUCGACCUUCGCUCAGUGGAAGAGAUUCUUCAGAAGCUGACUGAUGAAGGCUGGAGUGCCGAGAACAUCUUCUUCGGCUGUGGCAGCUCUUUGCUUCAGAAGCUCAACAGAGAUACUCUCAACUGUGCCUUCAAGUGCAGCUACGUGGAGACAAACGGCAAAGGGAUGGACGUGUACAAGCAGCCGGUGACCGACCCAUCCAAGGGGUCAAAGAGGGGUCGGUUAUCACUGAGGAAAAACUCUGAUGGCUUUUUAGAGACGAUAGAGAGAGGGGUGGGCAAGCCUGAAGAGGACCUGCUGGUGACUGUGUUUGAGAACGGCAGCCUGGUGCAGGACUACUCCCUGGAGGAGAUCCGGAAGAACGCUCGGCUGACGGACGAGGAGGUGAAUCCCACCCUGCACAACAGUGAACAGGAGCUGCAGCACAAUCACAUCAUCAACGGGAUUCACUAGAUCCACCACAGGGCCUCUCACAAUGCAAAUAAUACUUCAGGUUUUUAACAGGGGUGCGAGGCACCAGUUUUAAGUAUGAACUGCACAUGUUGAAGGGGAGCGAAAAAGCUGUUUCUCACAAGACACUAACCUUUACUACGACAAAAUAUGAGUACAGUGUUAUUGACUACAGUAAUCAUCAGGUAUGGGUUACACUUGCUAGUGUUUGAUAGCACGAAUGCUUGAUAUACAAUAUUUGAUUUAAGGUCAGUGUCCAGCCUGGUCUGCUAAAAAUGACAUUCCCAUACAACAAAACUGCACUGUCAAUUACGUUUCGAGGGGAAACGUAUUUUCUCCCAGAUUCCGUUUAUCACAAAACUUUCACCCAGGAGGCCGCUGGUCAUCUCCCGUGUGA